GACGGGGGCAGCUCUUCGACUGCAGUCGCUUCUUCAAAAACGCGUGUUUUCCGAGACCUCUCGCGGCCUUUGGGUGCGCUGAACGCCCAGCGACUACAACAGUUUCGGGAGAGAAUGCGGGAGAUGCCUAGAGAAGAACGCUUUCUCUACGGCACACACUACUCAACGCCGGCGUAUGUUAAGGCAAGUCACUGUUUGAAGAUAGACGAGCCACAUGGAAGAUGCGCUUUCGUGGCAUCCCCCAGUCUCUUGCAUACACAUGAUGGAAAUCAAAAGUCGGAUUUGAUGAUGAAAAGAACAAUGAUUCCUUCACAAAAAAGUAUGUUUGAAAACUCAACAUACUCAUACCUAAUGACAAAAAUAAGGACUGCCUCAUCAUAUCCAUGACAUGCAUUGUCUAACAUUCUGCUUUAUUUCCUCGUUAGGAAACUGCCAGAGUGUAUGCUGCGAUUGCACAGUGGAAGUUUCGAUAGCUGGAACAGGUUGUUUCAUAGUGUGGAGACAACGCACCGCGCGACGCAAGACGGCACAGCAGUGCUCAUGGAGCUCAUACCUGAAUUUUUUCUCCUGCCUCCAGACUGCGAUAACUGUUGGCUCAAGAAUUUUCUUGGGAUUAUCACGCAGGUAUAAGUAUUGAUAUCUUAGGAUUCCGCUUUAGAUACGUAUACGUUUUCAUGCUAUGAAUGUAUCUAUGAUGUCAAUACUCUAAAUUACGUAAGUAUACGAGUAGGAUCUGAGCGCGUAGUUUGGCAUUUUUUCAAUCGACUUCUAAGUACCUUAAUCGUCCUCUCCCUUUCUUGGCUUACCAGGAUGGGCUGUCUUUGCAGGACGUUAUCUUGCCGCCAUGGGCUGAGGGUUCGGUAGAAACGUUUCUGCUAUAUCAGCGAGCAGCACUUGAGUCCGAGUACGUUUCGCAGAGGUUACCGCAGUGGAUCGACCUAAUUUUCGGCCACUUGAGUCGCGGAGAGAACGCAGACAGAGCCGACAACUUGUUUCACCCGGUCUGUUAUUUGACCGCGCGCGAAGACGCGGGUCGUGCGGCAGGGAUGAGAAACGGAACUGCUGGCGGAGAUGUAGUCCUGUUACUACACCGAUUUUUGUCACGCUCUACUCCGGCGUUUUCCUUCUUCCAUUCCAUCUCAAACUAUCCGGUCGUUUUCUUUCAAACAAAGUGACGUUCUUGUCUUGUUCCUUGUCAUCUCUGAACUUUUUCGUUAUCGUUUUCCAUCUCCUACACACGUCCACAUAAGUAACUUCAUUCCCCUGGUGGCUUCCAUCCCACGAUCUCUGAUUUCCUUAGGUGACUUCACAACAAAGUUCUGCUGGUUCGCAGCUGUUUGGAGGCCUCCUUGGUGCUGGUUCGUUGUUGGGCAACGUAUCUGGAACCCUGGCAGGUAUGAGCGAUAUGCGCAACACCCUUCUUGGUGGUAACAGCACCCCGUCUUCGGCCAGCCACGUCGACCACUCUGUUAAGGCUAUCGCUCGUCUUCAUCUUAGUUAAUGGCGUUGUAAGGUAGUCUUACAGUAACGGGAUCCUUUUACAACUGUGUUAGGUUUUAUUUGUACGGGCAAACAAGCCAAACUACACGAGGGUGCGAUUCCAUUAGAGUUGAAUGUUCUUGAUAGAUACAACGUAGCACUAGCAGUGUUUGAGGCCCAAGCUUCUAACGCCCCCGGAACUUCUGCUGCUCACUACAAUUCGCACGAGCACGAUGCCUUCUCGCACGGUUCGUAUAGGGAUUUGGACGUGUCAGUGCUGGAAACGCAAGUCGAAGAGUUUGGAAGAGUUCCUUUCCAGCUUUUUGCGGAGGCCCAUCCACCAAAGCUAAAAUUCGUUCCUUGGGAAUUCGAUAGGCUAAAAAAUGACCCAGUUCAAAACGCGCCAUGGUAUGUGGCAGUUGCGGACCUUGAGCGACAGGACGAGCAAGCAUCGCGCCAACACGCGCAGGAGGAGCAAAAACAACAGCACUUCUUAGACUUAUCUGAAGAUACUAAAAGUAUCAAUGAUAAUAAUAGGUCAGGAGGCCGCGGUCUUGGUGGAGAGCAGCACGGAGGGCUAGCAGGUAGUGGACCUUCGUCAUCAGCAUCAUCAUCCUCUUUCGCUGGGUCAAAUAACAACUCGUCUAACUACCCAGGAGGUGGAAUGGGAAGUAAUCGCCAAGGCGAUGACUUAGAUCUGCUGCUUGGAGGCCGCACAGGUAGUACUCCUGCUAGCGCCGGCGACGAAGGUAUCUCUCAGCGAGGGCGACACGGGCAAGCAGCACCACUGGCACGCCUUCACUCCUCAGCCGCGGCAGGGGCAGCCGAAACUACAUCGAAACACAAUCACAAUAAAAUGUCGUCAGACCUCCACGUAGGAGCACCACACAAAACAAAACCGCUUUUGACAGGCAAAGACCUAAGGAAACGAGAAUUCCAGAGACUGGUGGCAGAUCGUUAUGAUGCUAUUACUGUCUCUGUCAGUACUUGAACAACGGUAGAUUAUUUUUCGCAGUGUGAGAACAGCAUGACAGCCAUUGUACUAUCAGUACUUGAUUAUUCUUCGUCAUAACUGAAGCUGUAAUGUAACUAUCGGAGAACACCAGCAAGCCCGCCAUUUAAAGUACGAUUAGGAUACACUAACACUUACUCUUACAAAUACAAGCACCUGACAUUCUUCUAAGUUCUCUUUCCUUCCGCUGUGAAUGAGCUUGUGCAUAGCGACAGGUAUGUCUAUGCGGUCGGCGAUGACGGGUGUUUGCGGAGCGCUAACCUCCAAACUGGCGUAGUUCGCGGUUACCACGUGUCACCAGUGCCACUAAUUAAGACCAGAAAUUCACUAGUGAUAAUGUUUAGCAAGUGUGGUUCUGAAUUUUUAAUAUUUUUACAAAUUACUCACAGGAGUCGUGGAAGCUCGUGUUGAGAGUUUCGCAUGUUGUUCAGAUGUGUCUGCUAGAACAAAUAAUUGUUGUGUGCUUUCUAGAGCGCUAUACCUCGAGGAUCUCGACCACUACAACCUCUAAGUCAGAAACACUCGCGCUCCUGUCCGAUGAUCUUGUCCUGCUUGGUGGCUGCGACAACGUGCUGUCGUUAUUCAAUACGAAGUCAGGUUGCGUAUUGGAUCGGAAUCGUACUUCACAUGCUGACACCAUUACGUGUCUCGCGACCGGCGACCCAGACGCCAGCGGAAAUGGCACUGCCUCAGCUUACGAUUGGAUUUCUGAUUUUUGGAUCAUCUUGGUUCUCUUUAAUAUUCCAAUUCUCAUUCAACACUUCUUUGUUAUAGAUCAAUCAAUCUAUUACAACGGUCUACUUCUGGUUGUUCGUAGAAGUUGAUAUUCAUCUUCAUUCCACCUUCCUCUAAGCUUCUCAACAACAUCAGCGCCAGGUGCGCAUUGUAUCUGGGUCGAUUGACCAAACGGUUGCCGUAAUGGAGGUGACCAAUUCUUGCGUGCAGCUUUUAUCCACUUUUGAUGAGCCAGACGAACCCAUAAGUGCGGUGGCAGCAGAUGUUACGGCUAGCAUGGAUUUAUUUAUAAGUUAUUUCCUCAGGAUAGUUAAUGUGAAAUUGGAACUUUUUUCUAACCCUGCAGCGAUAGUGUCUUUUUCGCAGUUCUGGCUUUGAAAUUCUAAGAGAGUCGUGACCUUGCUUUUCUAUGAAACUAGAUAAUUAAAGAUGCAGGAAGUGAACAAGUGCUCCUCUAACCAUCGGAUAAGCCAGAUCGCUUGCGGCACAGUGACGGGGAAAGUCUGUCUGUUUGACGCGCGGGCACAGCACGAGUAUACUCUCUUCUUUGAGCGACAAGUGUCUUCAGCUGGGACGGCGACACCAGCUCAAGCAACUGCUUUCGACGGAGGUGCUUCUUUUAAGGCUAGAGUUCACAUCUAUCUCAUCUUAGGCAAGCUGCCGAAUAGAUUCGAAAUCGAAGCACUGGGUACACUUCCAUGUGAACUUCUAUGCUGAGUGGAUUCCUCUGCUUAGAAGCAAAUCCAGGAAAAUCUAAGAGGAAACAAGAAGGCAAGUCACUCUCAGCCUCAGCCAGGGAUAGUGAACAACUAUAGGUGGUAGCCUUAAAACUUCUAAUACUUCUCCCACGAGUACCAGUGUCGUGUCCCUGUUUUUGGGUCCUGGGGUCGUCGCGGACAGGCAACUAGCGGCUGUGGAUCGAGCUGGUAACUUCCGAGUAUGGGACGUUCGAAAAGAAACUGAGGUCCUACGAAGCACCAUCGUUGCUGGUGCCACUCACCAACACACAGCUUACGGCUGUACGUAGUUCUAGUAUAGUCUCAGGGUUGGAAGCAUUAUAAGUGACGUUCAUCCCUGCUAAAAAUAUGGUACUAGACAUAGCCAUAAGUAAGUAUCAGUUUUCUGCCCGAGUGAGAGGAACAAACAACUAGAAACUGGAUAAACUUCUCUAAGCUUUCGCGCUUCCGGCUGGCGCGGUUGACCAGCUUGGAGGUGUUAAGCUGCAAAAUAUGGUUAUGGUUGAUACGAGUAGCGAUUCCGCAUCACUCGUGGCCUGUGGGAGUGAGCUUCUACUGUACGACAUCGUUGAGAGCCAGAGCACACGGAAGUGGGACCUCGCAAGACUCACGAAUCAAAUGUCAAAUAGUACACCUUCGACAAAAAUAUUGAAUGGAAUAAAUGGUGCUUCAUCACAUGAGCAUACGUUUCACCUCUCAAACCCCGCGCCGGCUACUCGCCAAGUAGUCGUGUGUACGCCCGAGGGGCAUCUGUGGGGUCUCGGCGCUGGUGCCUCAUCCGACUUUUGAAUCACCUUAAUCUUUAUAAAUAUUAUCUUGCAGCUGCUCGUCAAGAAUUUAGUGCGUGAGGGCUCUUUCUGCGUGCU